AUGCCUCACGCUUCUGUACGCAUCCACAGCACACACACAGCUACUGGAAUCAUGGCGGAUGGUCACAGCAACAACAACCAUGUCCCUGUUUUACUUUCAUUUUCAGCGUUCUCGCGGCCGUCCUCUGUGCCUGUUGGUUCUGGAUAUGAAGUGCUCAUUCAAAAGUUUUUGUCAAUCUACGGACGCCAAAUAGACCUCCAUCGUAAAUUCAUGAUUCAAUUGUAUUCGGACGAGUGGGCACAGUACAUUGAUUUGCCGAAAGGAUUCAUCAUAUCUGAGAAAUGCAAGCUACGAUUUGUACCUUUGGAAACGGAUGUAAGAUUGUACCGUUUCGUUUUUUCAUUGCAAAUGUUGUAUAACAUUUAAUGAUGCACAUUAUCCCCAUAAAGUCAACACCUGCUACAGUACUUUGACAAAUUGAAUACGUUUCAUAGAGGCUGAGUUUUGUAGCUUGGCCUACUUGUCUGCAAGGUCGCUGUCACAAAAACACAAUUUGUUGUAGGCGAACGUUACAUGUUUGUUCCAAAAUGUUAAUUAGAAAUACUAGCUAUCAUCCAACAUUCAUUAUAGUAUUUAAUUUGUUGUCAUAUUUCAUAUUUAUUACAUUUAUAUUGAAUUAGUUUAGAAUCUAGACUGUCUUUACUGUACUGUAGGUGGUAGUGAAGAGAGAUGCAUGGAAAUGAUCUGUCAACUUGUCAUUAUUUAUUUAUUUAACGUCAUGUUUCUACUGUAAAAUCGAAGCCCUUCGAGCCUACUGAUAUCACUUUCUACAUACACUACCGUAGAAGGGAAAUGAAUCAUUUUAUUUUGCUACAGUAGGCUAUUUUACCAAUACACCCUAUUUAGUGUGAACUGGCCAAAACAAACGUAGACUUGUAUCAGUAUCCCUAUGUCUCUUGUAUUUGUGUCUCACUAAUACAGUAGCCUGAGCUAAAUAAUCAUUUAAAAAAAUGCAUCAUAUUUGCUUUUGAUUAGUAAGGGCUACAAACACCAACAGUAUUGCCUAAACAUGGCGUGCAGAAGUUGGCAUUGAAAAAACAUCAAAGCUGUAAUUGUAGUGUGACUGAUCUAACAAGAAUGGGAAUGUGGGUCGUUCUUGAAUUGCGGUGGCAUUUGGGCAUGGCAUUCUGGGGGAAAAACUUUUUUUUUCUAUAUUUGUAUUUAUUUGAAUGUGUUUGGGUACAUCGUCCCAUUCUAAAUCAAAUAAUAUGGCAGCUUAAUGACUUUAAAUGAUUUUUACCAUUAUGAUAACAUUGUGCCAGCAGUAGCAGUAGGAACACCAAUGAUGGUAACACCAAUUAAUUAUUUUUGGUUAUCGAGUAUUUUCCUAAAUGGAGGCCACAGAUGCUCAAAUGUAAGGUCAGUAACCCCUAAACAUAAUUGUAUAAAGUGAUUUAUAAUUUUGCUCACAAUGUUUUUUCCCUUCAUUUAAAUUGACUAACACCAAGUGACACUUUGGAUUUAGAUUCACCAAAUUGUCAAUGGAAUCCUCAAAUGUAUGACAUAAUAAAGGGGCGAUGAGCUAAUAAUUGUAUUAUUUAAAAUAGACCACUCCCCCGAUAAGUUUGCCACUGGAGGGAAUGCUUAAGGUUCUUGUAUAUCUUUGUAAUGCGUGAUUUUCAAGGCGCUAACACCAAAUGUCAUAAAACUGAGGGACAGAUAUUAUACUAGUGGUAUUUUAAUAGCCUUCUUUGUUUUUAUUCAUCUAUACAAUAUAUUAAAUACUUUUCACUUUCUAGCAUUACAAACAAUUUAAAGAUAUUGCUAAAUCCCCAAAACAUGUCACUACAACUCUACACAUCACUACUGGGACAAGCCAAUUUGCUUACCCUAAGUACUUUAAACAAUGCAUACGUUUUACAGCAUAAAGGACUAAUGUUUGAUCGUGAAUAAACAGCCCACUGGCCACAGACUUCAAUUCAACGUCUAUUCCACAUUGGUUCAAAGUAAUUUCAUUGAAAUGAAGUGGAAACAAAAUUGAUUCGACCACGGUGUGCCCAUUGGGAGUUCAAUAUGAACAAAAACAUGUUUGAUGUGUAACUAUUUGUCAUUUAAAGUGUUUUUCAUGGUUGCAAAGGAAAGGGACGCAAAUGCAACUACAAUUCAAGAACGACCCUUGUGUAAUCCUUGGGAGGUUUACUACUGAUUCCUAUGGCAGCUGUCAAUAGAACCCCCCAAAGGAACCACUGGCACCACUAGAGAUGACAACGCCAUUGAACCUUUAGUAACAUAGAAAUAGAAUGACAAAAGUGGGCAUACCCAUUUCAAAGCAAUGCUCUACCCAUUUCAAAGCAAUGCUCUACCCAUUUCAAAGCAAUGCUCUACCCAUUUCAAAGCAAUGCUCUACCCAUUUCAAAGCAAUGCUCUACCCAUUCCAAAGCAAUGCUCUACCCAUUCCAAAGCAAUGCUCUACCAUUUCAAAGACAUGCUCUUACCAUUCCAAGCAAUGCUCUACCCAUUUCAAAGCAAUGCUCUACCCAUUCCAAAGCAAUUCUCUACCCAUUUCAAGCAAUGCUCUACCCAUCCAAAGCAAUGCUUUACCAUUCCAAGCAAUGCUCUACCAUUCCAAAGCAAUGCCUACCAUUCAAAGCAAUGCUCUACCCAUUCAAGCAAUGCUCUACCCAUUUCAAAGCAAUGCUCUAACCCAUUCCAAAGCAAUGCUUUACCCAUUUCAAAGCAAUGCUCUACCCAUUCCAAAGCAGUGCUCUACCCAUUCAAAGCAAUGCUCUACCCAUUUCAAAGCAAUGCUCUACCCAUUCAAAGCAAUGCUCUACCCAUUCAAAGCAAUGCUCUAACCAUUUCAAAGCAAUGCUCCAAAGCAAUGCUCUAUGACGGCCAUAUUUGGUGUACUGAUUUUGAGUAAUUUAUGCUAAUCAUGUCAGAAUUGUGACAGUCUGUGUCUUUCGCAGUGGCACUUUUCAACAAAAAAAGUAAAUGGACCGUUCAACUAAUACCAAUUCUAUGUUCAAUGAAACUACCAUAACCACUCUUGUUUUUUAGAGUGGUGGAAAAAGUACCCCAUUGUCAUACUUGAGUAAAAGUAAAGAUACCUUGAUAGAAAAUGACUCAAGUGAAAGUCACCCAGUAAAAUGAUGCUUAAGUAAAAGUCUAAAAGUAUUUCGUUUUAAAUAUACUUAAGUAUCAAAAGUAAAAGUAUAAACCAUUUCAAAGUCCUUUUAUUAAGCAAACCAGACGGCACAAUUUUCUUUUAAAAUGUUUUUAAUUUAUGGAUAGCCAGGGGCACACCUACACUCAAGACAUCAUUUACAAAUGAAGCAUUUGUGUUUAUCGAGUCUGUCUUGAUAAGGGUGUGAAUUGGACCAUUUGUCUGUCUGCUAAGCAUUCAAAAUGUAACAAGUACUUUUGGGUGUCAGGGAAAAUAAUGUAUGGAGUAAAAAGUACAUUAUUUUCUUUAGGAAUGUAGUUGAGUAAUGAAGUACAGAUACCAAAAAAAAAAUACUUAAGUAGUACUUUGAAGUAUUUUUACUUAAGUACUUUACACCGAUAUUUUAAAAAUGAUAUAAAUUGAACCCCUAUUGUAACCAUUGGCUAGUCUUACUGUCCAAUGUCUGUUAAAAGAUGGUCAUAAAUACAUUAUGAUACACUACAAUUCUUGAAGAAUAUAACUUAUAAAUACCUCAUGUUCCCAGUUCAACUGUAGUACCCCAUCACAACCCAAAAUAUAAGCUUGUUUUACUCCAAUAUUUGUAAACAAACACUGUAUAUCCUCAAAACAUGAUUAAAACAAUACUUUUGAUAUCAUGGAUGCUUUGAUAUUGUUCCAAUUUAAGGAUUCUAGCUGUAAGUCUUGGACUAAAAGCAUGAUCAAUGGAGAGUCUCUGUUUUAAAAGUGCUUUUUAAUCCAGGGAUUAACGUGUCUGGUAAACCGGACCUAGAUCUUUCAAAUCUUAUCGUACGAUUACAACCAAAUUACGGAGAGACAGUGGCAAAUGAAUCACUCAACUCUGACAAAUGUAUUUCUUUGUCGAGAUGUCACAAUACUAUUUCUCCCUUCCUUAUUAAUUUUUGGUCUAUAAUAGCAAUAGUGAUAUUAAAGAUAUGUUCAGUAAAUUAAUACUCUGCCGUGGCAUUGAGAUAUUAAAAAGAGAUUAAGUGAAAUGCCUGACCAGUACUGGGAUGAGCUGGUAUAAAAGGAUCAGAAGCAUGUCGCUGAUUCUUUUGUUGUGCUUGUCAUUAAGCCGUAAUCUACUGAAUAUACCACGGAGCUGAACCAAACCAAAACGUUCAAUUCUAUCAUUUCUAUUAUACUGUAGACACUAUACUUCAUAGUACGUCAAAUAUUACGAUUAAGAUUCCUUUUAUUGUCCAAUUUUACACAAGGUCCAACGGAAAUCCGUCUUCCACUUUAUCCCAACCCCACUGAAAGACACACAUAGUUAAUAUACCAUAAAUACUUAUUUAUCCUCAAAGACAAAGCAGUCAAUUAAAGCUCAGUCAUUGAUAAUGUAUGCUAAAUAUAAAAAUAUGAUGGCAAAACCAUAAAUCAUCUAUUUGUUUUAUAUGCAGGUGACAAUAUUGGGGAACCUGAUCCCUGCCACCACGGCCUUCUUCUGCUGUGACAUGCAGGAAAGAUUCCGCCCAGCUAUCAAAUACUUCGGUGACAUCAUCAGUGUGGGACAGAGACUGGUAAAUUGACCCCCUUUUCAUACACUGUUGUUAAUUUACAUUUAAACAAUAUGUGUAUUUAUAUUAUAUUGUAUGUAAAUGAUAAAUUAUUUUCUGUCCAUUAAGGGGACUCUUUUCUCUCAAAACCGCUUUGGGUCAAUAUAACUGUACAGCCUCUUUAAUACCUACCUCCAGGCAAGGCGGUCCGGCGUCCUGGCAAAAUAAAUAGUGAGCCUAUCACAAAAAUGAAAACAAAAUGUCAAGAAAACUGUAGGCUAUUACGCCCUUAUUUAUCAUUACCGCAUGUCAGAGGCAUGACAAAUUAGCCAAUUACGUAUUGGCUGCAACCAGGUCUCAGAGCAUUACGUAUUACUCUGUAUGUAAAUCCGAGACACUCCAUUUAGUAUGAUAUUUUACAUUUCGUGUGGUGUUUAUUAAUUUGUGGAUGUCCAUCAUCCGUUUCGUAUCGUAGGCUAUGUUACAAAUUACAAUUCGUAUUAAAUGUUACAAAUUUGCAAAACUUACAAUAUGUUACAAAUUAGCUAAACAUACUAUUUAACAUGAUGAUACAUACUGUCUGUCUCAGGUCUCACCCACACAUUAACAUGAUGAUACAUACUGUCUCUUCCUGUUUGAAAACACAGGGAGUCUGUCCCAAAUGGCACCCUAUUCCCUAUAUAGUGCACCACAUAGGGUUCUAGUCAAAAGUAGUGCACUAUAUAGGGAAUAGGGUGCCAUUUGCGACACAACCAGAGAGGGAGGGCAGGACGCGUGGUCAUGUUACUGGGCUGUCUACUGUUGAGAAACUGACCAGAUACAGGGUCAGCCUCUGACGUUCCCAUAACCAUGUUUCUCUGGAGGUUAGAGUGAGAGGGAAGGGUAGAGAGGACAGUGUGCCCCAUUUUCAUGAACUGUGUGUGUGUGUGUGUGUGUGUGUGUGUGUGUGUGUGUGUGUGUGUGUGUAUACAUACGGUACCAGUCAAACGUUUGGACACACCUACUCAUUCAAGGGUUUUUCUUUAUUUUUUACUAUUUUCUACAUUGUAGAAUAAUAGUGAAGACAUCAAAACUAUGAAAUAACACAUAUGCAAUCAUGUAGUAACCCCAAAAAAGUGUUAAACAAAUCAAAAUAUAUUUUAUAUGUGAGAUUCUUCAAAGUAGCCACCCUUUGCCUUGAUGACAGCUUUGCACACUCCUGGGCUGGCUUUUUGUGACUAUGAUUAUUUCAGCUCAUGACACAUGGGACCAACACUUAAUAAUUAAUAAUAUGCCAUUUAGCAGACGCUUUUAUCCAAAGGGACUUACAGUCAUGUGCGCAUACAUGUUUACGUAUGGGUGGUCCCGGGGAUCGAACCCACUACCCUGGCGUUACAAGCGCAAUUGCUCUACCAAUUGAGCUACAGAGGAACACUUUACAUGUUGUGUUUAUAUUUUUGUUCAGUAUCUCUCUCUCUCUCUCUCUCUCUCUCUCUCUCUCUCUCUCUCUCUCUCUCUCUCUCUCUCCCUUUUCCUCCUUUUCCAUACUCUUUCUCCAUCUCCCUUUCUCUCUCCUUCUCCAUCUCUCUUUUACAUUACGAAAACGUAUGCAUGCACUACUGUAAAUGGCUUUGGAGAAAAACGUCUGCGGAAUGGCAUAUAUUAUUAUACAGAUGUAGAAUCUUAAUUUAAUCACCCUGUUGCAAGUAAAAUUUCCUGCAAUGCAGGACAUUUAAAACUUGUGUAUUUGAGGUUUAAAAAGGCUUCUGAAGUUUGUAAUUUUCACUUUGAAAUUUGACUCGAUUUUCCCUUACGAAAAAUGUAUCGGCCCCUACAAAAAAUGUCCAUUAAUUAUAAUCCACAUAAUAAUUCACAUUUCCUGUUGCUGCAGGAUUAUUUUCCUGCUGUUGAAAACUGGCUCAAAUUAAGAUCAUAGAUCUGUAUAUGACAUGUAUAUAUUCCCCUCUCUCCCUCCAUCCCCUCGACUGUGUAGCUCCAGGGGGCUCGUAUCCUGGGGAUUCCCGUUAUCGUGUCGGAGCAGUACCCCAAAGGCCUGGGCAGCACGGUGCAGGAGAUGGACAUCGCUGGAGCCAGGCUGGUGUUCCCCAAGACCAAGUUCUCCAUGGUGCUGCCUGAGGCCGAGGCAGCCCUGGCUGCCCUGCCGGGUGUCCGCAGUGUGGUGCUGUUCGGGGUGGAGGUAAGGUUUAGAGAGAGGGAGACUGUCCUUGAAUCCCAAAUCGACUCCCAGACCGUACGCCAUUUGCACUUGUGGAGAUCUGAGAGGAUGUGAACCAACACCAGUGGUUCCCAACCUUUUUUUGAACCGUAAAACACCUUGAAGGGAUAAAACACAUAACAUUUCCCUAUUCAUUUAUUAAGUGAUAUUGACCUCCAUCUCAUCUGAUCCAUACGUUUUUUUAUAAAUUAAAUAGUGUUUGUUUGAAAUAUUUUCAUAGUUUUCAUAUACUGAACAAAGAUAUAAGUGCAACAUGUAAAGUAUUGGUCCCAUGUUUCAAGAGCUGAAAUAAAAUAUCCCAGAAAUGUUCCAUACGCACAAAAAGCGUAUUUCUCUCAAAUGUUGUGCACAAAUUUGUUUACAUCCCUGUUAUUGAGCAUUUCUCCUUUGUCAAGAUAAUCCAUACACCUGACAGGUGUGGCAUAUCAAUAAGCUGAUUAAACAGCAUGAUCGUUACACAGGUGCACCUUGUGCUGGGGACAAUAAAAUGUGCAGUUCUGUCACACAACACAAUGCCACAGAUGUCUCAAGUUUUGAGGGAGCGUGCAAUUGGCAUGCUGACUGCAAGAAUGUCCACCAGAGCUGUUGCAAGAUAAUUUAAUGUUGAUUUCUCUACUAUAAGCCGCCUCCAACGUCGUUUUUGAGAAUUUGGCCAAUUGGCCUCACAACCGCAGACCUUGUGUAACCACACCUGCCCAGGACCUCCACAUCCGGCGGCUUCACCUGCAGAAUCGUCUGAGACCAGCCACCCGGACAGCUGAUGAAACUGAGGAGUAUUUCUGUCUGUAAUAAAGCCCUUUUGUGGGGAAAAACUCAUUCUGAUUGGCUGGGCCUGGCUCCCCAGUGGCUGGGCUUGGCUCCCCAGUGGGUGGACCUAUGCCCUCCCAGGCCCACCCAUGGCUGCACCCCUGCCCAGUCACGUGCAAUCCAUAGAUUAGGGCCUAAUGAAUGUAUUUCAAUUGACUGAUUUCCUUAUAUGAACUGUAACUCAGUAAAAUUGUUGCAUGUUGCGUUUAUGUUUUUGUUCAGUAUAGUUCUUUACUCAUGAUUAAUUUGUGUGUAACCCUUUAAGAGUGUCCCGCGAAUCCACGCCCCAGCAAGAUUUUUUUUUUUAGCUCCGGUAAAGUAGGUGUUUAGUUUUGAACGGUUUGUGGUGCUAGAGACGAGCGGUUUUCUGCAUUGUAAAGAUGCGACCACGGACACAAAGCCAUGCUCCGUUUGUUUCUGUAGCAGAGGCUGUGGUACAGCUAAGCCUAAUCAGACUUGCCUGGUGCUAACGGUUUCCACAGGCAACGUAAAAUGAUACAAAUGACUUGUGAUGCACACCCCUUAAAUGAUACAAAUGUAACAACAGCCUCAGCACACUGGACACUGGAAACAACCACACAGAUGUAACCAUGUACCAUGUAAUGUUUUAUCUGACCUCCACUAGUGCUCCCAAGUCAAAUUCCAGGUGCAUUCCACAGGUCACUUUUUAUAAGUGAGUGUUCCAAAAAAAAAGAAAAAAGAUCAAGAUUAGGAAAAGUUUUGCGACACACCUGUGUUAAAAACCACUGGUUUACAGUGGGGCGGCAGGUAGCUAAGAGCGUUGUGCCAGUAACCGAAAGGUCGCUGGUUCUGAUCCCCGAGCCGACCAGGUGAAAAAUCUGUCGAUGUGCCCUUGAGCAAGGCACUUAACCCUAAUUGCUCCUGUAAGUCGCUCUGGAUAAGAGUGUCUGCUAAAUGACUAAAAUGUAAUGUAAAUGUAUAUCCAAUCUGCAAAAAUCUACUCAAAUUGUAUAGGGGGGAGACUGUCUUCUUACAUGUUGCCGCCAUCUAAGGGUGUAGUUGAGUGGUGCAGCUGAUUGGACUACAGAGGGUGAAAUCCCAGUACAGUACACUUUAGAACCUAUGCACUUAAUAACCAAAUAUGUGUCCUUUAUUAGUAGCCAUUUUGUCAUCAGGACUUUGAACAUAGCUCUUCCUAUAAGUAACCCAGACGACCUGUGUGUCUGUCUCAGACCCAUGUGUGCAUCCAGCAGACAGCUCUGGACCUGCAAGCGAGGGGUUUCGAGGUGCACAUCGUGGCUGACUCCACCUCAUCCCGCAGCAUGAUGGACAGAAUGUUUGCACUGGAGGUAAGUAUCAUAUUUCCAUGUAUUUUAUUUAAAUGUAUAUGUUCAUAUAUUAUCACAUGUUCAUAUUAUUUACAUAAUAUCAUACAAGUGUAAUAUGAAAACAUUACACUAGCAUGUCUCCAACAUGUUAGCUCGCAGGCGACCGGUAGCUCGCAGGCUGUCAAUGAGAAUGAAUCAGUGAUAUUACAUGAUUUCAUUUGUGAACAAAGAAUGCGGCAAAUUAAAAAGCAACAGGGUAUUGGUAUCGCGAUAAGACGGCUCUGCUAGGUUAGCUAAGGGAUAUUGGGUGAAUAAGCUAUUUGACUCUAUUUCCAUCAAAUAUAUACAGUGGGGAAAAAAAGUAUUUAGUCAGCCACCAAUUGUGCAAGUUCUCCCACUUAAAAAGAUGAGAGAGGCCUGUAAUUUUCAUCAUAGGUACACGUCAACUAUGACAGACAAAUUGAGAAAAAAAAAUCCAGAAAAUCCCAUUGUAGGAUUUUUAAUGAAUUUAUUUGCAAAUUAUGGUGGAAAAUAAGUAUUUGGUCACCUACAAACAAGCAAGAUUUCUGGCUCUCACAGACCUGUAACUUCCUCUUUAAGAGGCUCCUCUGUCCUCCACUCGUUACCUGUAUUAAUGGCACCUGUUUGAACUUUUUAUCAGUAUAAAAGACACCUGUCCACAACCUCAAACAGUCACACUCCAAACUUCACAAUGGCCAAGACCAAAGAGCUGUCAAAAGGACACCAAAAACAAAAUUGUAGACCUGCACCAGGCUGGGAAGACUGAAUCUGCAAUAGGUAAGCAGCUUGGUUUGAAGAAAUCAACUGUGGGAGCAAUUAUUAGGAAAUGGAAGACAUACAAGACCACUGAUAAGCUCCCUCGAUCUGGGGCUCCACGCAAGAUCUCACCCCGUGGGGUCAAAAUGAUCACAAGAACGGUGAGCAAAAAUCCCAGAACCACACGGGGGGACCUAGUGAAUGACCUGCAGAGAGCUGGGACCAAAGUAACAAAGCCAACCAUCAGUAACACACUACGCUGCCAGGGACUCAAAUCCUGCAGUGCGAGACGUGUCCCCCUGCUUAAGCCAGUACAUGUCCAGGCCCGUCUGAAGUGCAUUUGGAUGAUCCAGAAGAGGAUUGGGAGAAUGUCAUAUGGUCAGAUGAAACCAAAAUAUAACUUUUUGGUAAAAACUCAACUCGUCAUGUUUGGAGGACAAAGAAUGCUGAGUUGCAUCCAAAGAACACCAUACCUACUGUGAAGCAUGGGGUUGGAAACAUCAUGCUUUGGGGCUGUUUUUCUGCAAAGGGACCAGGACGACUGAUCCGUGUAAAGGAAAGAAUGAAUGGGGCCAUGUAUCGUGAGAUUUUGAGUGAAACCCUCCUUCCAUCAGCAAGGGCAUUGAAGAUGAAACGUGGCUGGGUCUUUCAGCAUGACAAUGAUCCCAAACACACCGCCCGGGCAACGAAGGAGUGGCUUCGUAAGAAGCAUUUCAAGGUCCUGGAGUGGCCUAGCCAGUCUCCAGAUCUCAACCCCAUAGAAAAUCUUUGGAGGGAGUUGAAAGUCUGUGUUGCCCAGCGACAGCCCCAAAACAUCACUGCUCUAGAGGAGAUCUGCAUGGAGGAAUGGGCCAAAAUACCAGCAACAGUGUGUGAAAACCUUGUGAAGACUUACAGAAAACGUUUGACCUGUGUCAUUGCCAACAAAGGGUAUAUAACAAAGUAUUGAGAAACUUUUGUUAUUGGCCAAAUACUUAUUUUCCACCAUCAUAUGCCAAUAAAUUCAUUAAAAAUCCUACAAUGUGAUUUUCUGGAUUUUUUUUCCUCAUUUUGUCUGUCAUAGUUGACGUGUACCUAUGAUGAAAAUUACAGGCCUCUCUCAUCUUUUUAAGUGGGAGAACUUGCACAAUUGGUGGCUGACUAAAUACUUUUUUUCCCCACUGUAUGCUGCUGAAACAUUUUCAACAUGUUAUUUUCAACAUUUACAUGGUGAAAGACGGUGCUUCUAACAACAAUCCAUUUAAACAAUUCCAUUUCAAUUCCGGUCAAUUCAGGAAGUGCUAGUGGGUACUUGCCACGAAAUAACAUUCCUCACCUGACCCACCUCCUCUUCAUUUUCCUUCUCUUUCUAUCUCUCUCCUCUCGAGCUCUCUCGGGCGAUCCCUAGCCGUCUAUUCAUCUAUCGACGCGAGCCUAUCCUCAGCGCGCUCGCUGCAUCGCUCUUCUAUCUUGCUCCCGAGAUAGCGCGUGCUGGGAUCUCUCUCGCUCUCUCUCGCCCGCUUCACGUCCUGCUCGCUUGCGCUUCUCGUCGGCGCUCGCGGUUCCUGGCUCUCUUUCUUCUCUCUCUUUCACUCUUUCUAUCUCUCUUUCACUCUUUCUAUCUCUCUCUCUUUCUCUAUCUCUCUCUUUCUUCUCUCUCUCUCUCUCUCUCUCUCUUCUCCCCUCUCUCUCUCUCUCUCUCUCUUUUUCUAUCUCUUUCUAUCUGUCUCUCUAUCUAUCUCUCUUUCUAUCUCUCUCAGCGAAUGGCUCGCACCGGGAUCAUUGUCACCACCAGUGAGUCUGUCCUCCUCCAGCUGGUAGGCGACAAGGAGCACCCAAAAUUCAAGGAGAUCCAGAAUAUCAUCAAGGCCAGCGCCCCCGAGUCUGGCUUGCUCUCCAAGGUCUAGACUAGGCCACACAGGGUCAAUAAGGAGAAGGUAGAAUUUGUCCUUAUCCUCUGAUCCCAGAUCAGAUAUGGGUUUAUAUUCUCGUUUUGGGUUUAAGGAUAUAAGUUAGGGACAACUUCUAUCGUCAAGCAAUGACAGAGAACCAACAGGGGUCAAGAGGUUUUAAAUGGGCAAUCAGCAGUUGCUACAUCUAUUUCAGGACUUAUACAUUAAUGAUAUGAACCUAUUGAUUCUUAAAGAAUAUAACUUAUAAAUGCCUCACGAGCUUAGUUCAACUUUCGUAUCCCAUCAGAAUCCAAAAAUAUAAACUUGUUUCACUCCCAAUGUUUGUAAACAAAGUAGCCUCGUAUAUAUUGCGUCCAUAGCUCUGUCUAUGAAUUUG